AUGGACUUGAACAUGCGGGCGAUGAAUUCUACCAUCAAGCCAGUGGUCCCGCCACCACCUCUGCCAUCACCGCCACCUCCACCACUGCCAUCAGCCCCACUUCCACCACCUCCAUCACCACCACCUCCACCACCACCAUCGCCACCAUCUCAGCCACCGCCAUCACCACCACCCCCACCAACAUCAUCAGCAUCACCUCGACCACCACCACCCAAGCUGGAGGAACAGAACUUGGGGAAAGGAGGGGAACAGGAUGGCAAAGAAAAGGACCAAUUUCAAAAGAACAUGGAAAUUAAUAAGGCUUUCAGAGUGUUCUGGAAAUCAAGAGAAUGGAAAAUGAGAAUAUCAACAUUUGAUUCAGAUGAGGAAAUCUCAACUUCAUACAAAAGGAAAUAUUUUAGAAAGAAAAAGAGGAAGAAGAGGCCAUUGGAAAACAUUGACGACCAUAAAGAGCAGGAGAGCUCUGAGCAAGCGAUCACCUUUCCCUGUUCCAUAUGCAAGCACGAAAUUGAUCUACCUGGCUUUUUCUUCCAUAAAAAGCAACAUAUAGCCCUGACCUCAUUGGGUUUUCACUGGAUGGGUGAGAAGAUACCACUGCGAUCAGAGAUUGUUGCUCAGAGGCAGCUUUUAAUUACUAAACUAUUGUCAUCUCGUAUCUUCAGUGAAAAAACCCUACAGACCGUUAAUAAUGCUUUUGAACUAAUUUGGAAGAAACAAGUACCAGCGUAUUAUAAGAUUAUUGAAAACAUUGACAAUAGUUCCGUAUAUUCUCAGAAAGUUUGCCAUUUAUUGAUUAAAGGAGUAGCCAUUUGUGAAGACAGGAAUUCUACAUGGAGAGCUACCAUGGAAGAUAAAUUCGCCAUAGUGAAUAAUUUUGGCAAUAAAUCCAACGUGUGCUUUUUUGGUUUGUUUGAUGGGCAUCAUGGUGUCUCAGCAGCAGAGUUGGCAUCAAUGGAACUCCCAGUUUUACUUCUCCAUCAAAUUUCCAGAUUUGAUCCCUCCUACCAAAUGACCCCUGAACAGCAAAAACUAAUCGAUACUUUUCACACGGUGUUUAAGGAAGAAUACAGGAAAAUAGAAGACCGCUUCUCUUUCAUUCCCCAAAAGACAAAAGCAUUGCACGGUGAGUUUGAGGCCAUACAUAAAGGCUUUGCAAAAGCUUUCUGGAGAAUGGAUAGGCUUUUACGUCUUGGAAGGAAAGAAGUGUCCAGAGUUCAAUGGAGUGGCUGUUCUGCAGUUACUUGUAUAUUGGAAGGCAACAUUAAAAGUCUCCAUGCUCAUAACCAUUGGAGAAGAAAACAUGGCCAUGGGCAUUUGUUGGAGAGUGCCCAUUCUGGAAAGAUGCCACAGAUAAUUUCUGGAGUAUUACAUGUUGCAAACGUGGGUAACGUGCAUGCAGUCUUAUGCAGAAAUGGUAAAGGUUUUUGCCUAACCAAAGAACACACUAUCCAAAAUGCAAUGGAAAGGAGGCGAGUACUUCAUAAUGGAGCAAUAAUUAAUUCAAAUGAACCAAAUGGGUUCCUCGAAGUGCAAACAAAAACCACACGAGGACUUGGAUUUCAUGGAAAUCUCAAACUGAAAAAAUUCAUUAUUCCAGCACCUCAAACUAUCUCGGUCCCUAUAGAUGACUUAUGUCAAUUCCUCGUCCUAGCUACUAAUGGACUUUGGGAAGUUCUAGAUAAAAAUGAAGUCAUCGCAUUGGCAAUGACCAUGUUUCACACAUAUAAAGAAAAAUGCUUCAUGGCAGAAAACGAAUCUUCGUCGUCCAAACUUAGUGAACCAAGUGUUAGGAAACCGGAAAGUAAUGAUAUCCACAUAUUGUAUCAGUGUAAACCUUUAUCGAAAGAACAUCUGUCAGCUAUAAAUUCAAAAGAAAACUUAUAUGAUUCAAAAUAUUCUGAUCAUUCCAUUGGUGACCUUGAAAAUUCAGAAACAUUCCCACCGAGACCGACUAUUCGCCAACAUCACGGCAGGAAACCAACUGACGGACAGGUCAGCGCAGACGAUGUGCCAACAGAUCCAAACGAGAAAGCGAAGGAGCCGUCAGCUAAGAGCUUUUACGAAGGCGCGGCUGCGUACGUUAGCCGGCAACUGGUAAAGGCCGCCUUAACGGCUGGCUCCAGGGACAACAUUACAGUUGCGGUGAUACUGCUCAGCGGAUGUGAGUAUCAGUUUCUGAUAUAA